AUGGGCAUUAUAGCAGUUGCUGGAGGAACUGGCCAGCUUGGCCGCACCAUCGUUGAAGAGAUCCUCAAACGCGGAGGCCAAGAGGUGAUCAUUCUCGGUCGAAAGAACGAUGAAGUGAAGGCCAAGGAAAUUGGCGCCCGCAUAGUCGCUAUAGAUUACAACAACACCAGUUCCAUUGUCACCACACUUGAAGAGAACAAGGUCGAAACCGUGAUUGCAGUAUUGAACUUGAUGGACGGCAUUGAACCUGAAUUAGCCUUGAUCACUGCUGCGGAUCAAUCAAAAACAACGAAGCGCUAUAUUCCCAGCUGUUGGGGAGUUAAAUACUCGCCUGAACUUGCCUCCAUUUCCCCUCUAGGUGCUGGCAAGCUUGCCAUCCUGCAUGCUGUCGAGGCCACCUCUCUUGAGUCUACAUCAGUGAUCAAUGGCAUGUUCAUGGAUUACUAUGCUUCCCCGGAUAUGAAGACAUAUAUCCAACCUCUCGCUUUGGUUCUCGACAUGGCCAAUAACGCCGCUGCCAUUCCAGGUUCAGGUGACGUGCCCGUGGUUUUUACCUACACUUUUGACAUUGGGCGCAUGGUUGCUGCUCUGCUAAGUCUACCAAAGUGGAGUAAGGAAUACUACAUCAUCGGCGAUAGAUUAACAUGGAAUCAGAUUGUCCAGAUGGCACAGGUCACAAAAGGUGUCACAUUUGACGUGAAACAUGAUUCGGCAGAUACACUGAAGAAGGGACAGGUCACUGAGUUCUCUUCUCACAUACCCUUGUAUCCAUUCUUCCCUAAAGAACAACUGCAGGGUAUGCUUUCGUGGUUUGGUAUCUUGUAUGAUAAUGGAAACUUUGAUCUGAGGCCGACAAAGGAGCAAAGCCUGAAUGAGAUCUUCCCGGAGAUUAGGUUGAAAUCAAUGGAGGAAACGAUUGGAUCAUGGAAAGGAAAAUGA